UUCGGGUUCGAGUUUAAAUUGGGAUAAGAUGAUAGGUUUAUUUACGUAGAGACAUUGGGGAUCGACGUAUAUACUUGACGCGCAAAACAUUAACGAAAGUUCGCAAAUUACGCGAUAAGUUAUAUAACAUAGACAAUUAAAAGAUUAAUCGGUGGAACUACGAAAUUCUAUUUAUCUUAAAUGCGUUGUAAUAAUAAUGACGCUUUGAUUAAGUGUCGUUCGUUCUCAACGUGAACAUCAGGUGUCCGAAAUUGAGUGCUGUGUCCAGUUCCAUUAUGACUCGAUGACCGGUUUAAUUGACGUCACGGUUUGUGUACGGGUGUCUAAGCGGUUGGAACGGAACAGUGGCUUUUAUCGUAGCGAUGAAAAGAGUGGAGGUGCUGAGAGAAAUUUGGGAUGGUAAAAUUCCUGUUUGCUUCACGCUUGAUUCCGAGGAAAUAUGUGAAUUGCAAGGACCUGACCCAUUUUAUCUUAUGGUACCUAGGUUAAGUUAUUUUCCACUCUGCACAGAUAAGAUACGAAAACAUUUUAUAAAACAUGUACAAAGUGACAGUAAGCAGGAGCAUGAAAUGUGGUUAGAAUUUAAUGGAAUUCCAAUAAAAUGGCACUAUCCAAUCGGUGUUCUGUUGGAUAUUUAUUCGAAUGAUGUUGAAUUACCUUGGAAUAUCGUUGUUCAUUUUGAUAGGUUUCCAGAAAAUGUGUUAAUGCAUUGUCAAAACAAGGAAGUAGUAGAGGCAUAUUUUCUCUCUUGUAUAAAAGAAGCAGAUGUAUUGAAACACAGAGGUCAGAUUGUAUCUAGUAUGCAGAAAAAAGAUCAUAAUCAGUUAUGGUCUGGUUUACUCAACGACAAGUUUGACCAAUUCUGGUCUGUGAAUCGAAAACUUAUGGAAGCUAGUAACACGGAAGAAGGUUUUAAAUAUAUACCAUUCCGGUGUUACACGAGCGAGGACAAAUAUAUACAAAAACUCGUAAAACCUGUCAAUGAAGAGGGUCAAAGAAAAACAUUGAGGCAUUUAUUAAGCGAAGUAUUCCCAGACAGUGAAAAUGUUACAGUGUUCACUCAUGGUAUUUCCCCACCUUUGGAAACGCCGCUUCAGUGGAUGUCAGAACACAUGAGUUAUCCUGAUAAUUUCUUGCAUUUGGUUGUAAUAUCAUAACCCAAAUUGAAAGAGCCAGUACCGACUGCGUUUCACGAGUAAAUCUAGAACGAUUCAAAUCGAAUACAGGAAUAUGUGGCAUGUAUACCGGCGAAUUAAUCACGGUACUCAACUCUCUUA